AAUGAGAAAAGUAACAGCUAAGGUAUUGGUGGUAGGUAGCUCUGCAGUUGGAAAAUCUGCCCUUAUUUAAUUGUAUACAACUGGAGAGGUUAAUUUUCUAAAGGAUUAUCAAUUAGUAUUAUCUUCAUUCAAUAAUCUUAGACUCAAAUAGCUGAAAUAUCUACAAAAUUGAUUCCAUUUGAAUAAGAAGAAAAAGAUGUCGAAUUAUACUUAUUUGAUAUAGCAGGAUCAGAAAUAUAUGAAUAAGCGAUUUUAAAAUCUAACAUAGUCAAAUUUAAAUAAUAUUAUUCAAGUUGAAAGACGCCAACUUUGUUUUCUUAUGUUAUGAUAUGACAAAGGAGACCACCUAUGAGGCAGCUAAGGAAUGGUUUGAAAGAGUAACAAAAGCUAAUGGAAAGAAGUUACCAGGUGUUUUAGUUGCCAUGAAGUCAGAUUUAUAAGCAAUCAGAAAGAUAGAAAAUAAAUAAGGAAUGUAAUUAGCUAAUUAAUUGGGAUUGUCAUUCUUUUCAUUAUCAACAGUAAUUUAUUAUCUUUAUUAAAAUAGGCACGUAAUCAAGACAUCGAUCACCCUUUUUAGCAUAUAGCGUAAUAGUUAAUUAAAUGAUAUUAAUUAUUUU